GGGGGCGGUGCUGGCGGCCCUGCGGCCGGUGCCCGGGGCCCCGGCCGGCAGCCGCGGCAGCGGAGCCCCAUGCGGCACGGGCGGCCCUAGGCUGCGCCUCGGCCGCAGCAUGCCGCUCCCGCUGCGCCUGGCGUGGCUGCUCGGGCUCUGCAGCCUCUGCCGCGGGUACUUCGAGGGGCCGCUGUACCCCGAGAUGUCCAACGGGAGCCUGCACCACUACUUCGUCCCCGACGGGGACUACGAGGAGAACGACGACCCCGAGCGGUGCCAGCUGCUGUUCCGGGUGAGCGAGCAGCGGCGGUGCGGCGCGGCGGCGGCGGGCGGCGGGCUCAGCCUGCGCGAAGAGCUGACGGUGCUGGGGCGGCAGGUGGAGGACGCGGGCCGGGUGCUGGAGGGCAUCGGCAGGAGCAUCUCCUACGACCUGGACGGGGAGGAGAGCUACGGUGCCUACCUGCGCCGCGAGUCCGCCCAGAUCAGCGACGCCUACUCCAGCUCGGACCGCUCGCUGAGCGAGCUGGAGGGCAAAUUCCGGCAGGGCCAGGAGCAGGGCGGCCGGGAGGAGUCCCGCCUGGGCGACAGCUUCCUGGGGCUGCUGCUGCACGCCCGCGCCCUGCUCCGGGAGACCCGCCACGUCUCCAGCGGGCUGCGCGACAAGUACGACCUGCUGGCGCUCACGGUGCGCAGCCACGGCGCCCGCCUCAGCCGCCUCAAGAACGACUAUCUCCGCGCCUGAGCCGCAGCCACCGAGCCCGGACCCGCCGCGGCCUCUGCAGGCACCCCCGGCCCCACCGCCGGGCCCCCGAAGGCACAGCCCUGGCGUCCGCCUGGAAGGAGCACCUCCUUGGACCAACCCCGCAGUUAGGAAGCUGGGAAAAGACAUCCGAGAUCAUCAAGUCCAGCCUUUGACUGAAUACCACCACGCCCACUAAACCAUGUUAAGACGUGCCACAUUUGCUCGUUUUUUGAACGCUUCCAGGGAUAGUAACUCAACCAAAAUACAUUCUUCUUCAUGGAAAAAAAACCUUAUUUAUUUUACCUUCUAAACAAAUAGCCCAGUUCUAUAAACCAAGAGGUUCGAGGUAUGUUUAAGUUAAUGUCCCAUAUUAAAAAAAUCUACCCUCUGUUAUAUACCAUCUUUGAUUGCAAAGUGAAGUAAGCUUUCUGAUGUCUGAUUCCCUGUUUGUUUUUGUAUCACCUGCUCUGCUGUGGGUCACCCGUCCUAAGUGUAGCUGAAGUGAGGUGCUGGCCAGCUCCUUCCAGACUCGUGUGUAGCAAAUACUUAAAUUGCUUUUGUUGUUAGUCCUUCAGGGUGACACCUCUGGCCCUCCUUUCUAAUGAUGUGUAUUAUAUGUUCCUUAAAUGUUGUUCCACUAUGUAAAGCUGUGAUUUUCAUUUGUGUUUGGAAAGAUGGGAACUAUUCUGGCAGGAUUUGUACUUCCAGCCUUGCUUAUCUGUGACUCUAAGCUAUCAUAACCCUAAGAAGCAGCCAAAAAGGCUUAUGUCAGAUCCUGAGAAUGCUCGUGGAGAUUUUUAUAGCAAAAAGAAUGAGCCCUAGCGCUGAUUAGAGUUUUGGAUCCCAGAUUUGAGAGCCAGGAGCAUGUUUCUAAAGCAGACAAAAAGGUUUUGUCUGUGCAAGCACAUUUGACUUCUCUUGUUGGUGACUUUGUACUUUUGCUAGCUAAGUUAUUAAUAUAACUUUGUGGUCCUGGACAAUAGCAAAAGUGCCUGGUGGGAAAGAGGGUGGGGUUUUUAGACUCAUUGCUAUUUAACUGACAAUUUUGGGUAAUGUGGCUAUUAGGUUACAGAUACUGCAGGCAGAAUACCUGUUGGGACGAAAUGAAGUUUAUAGGUUGUUGUAAUAAAUAUUUGAGAACAAUGUUAAAGUACAUUUUUGUUAUUACUUUCCAAGACGCUCUUGAUUUUAAAACAUUCUGUUGAAAUGUGUCUUUUCAGCAAAACAUUGAAAGUUUGUAACUCCUGCCAAGUGAAAUAACUUGCUUUUUAGUAAAAACAAAUAAAAAUUUACAGAGUCUGAGGUAAUCAAGUUUCAUUAAAAGCAACAAUACAAAAGGCCUUGCGGGGCAGACUUUUUUGAGUUUUUAAGCCUUUUUAAGCACCCCUGGAAGAGAAGGUGAUGUACUUCUGAGGUCUGUUCUUGUUAACCCUGCUCCCAUUGAGUUAUACUUCAGUCUGCAAACCAUUCAGUGGGGUGAGGUACUCAGCAGUGCAGUGGGCCAACAUAAGUCAGCUUGGACUAGAGUGCUGAAGACACCACGAAAGUUUCCUGGAGGUAGGUGCUUACAGAGCCAGAGGGCUCAUUUUGCUGAAGGCAGUGAAAUGUAGCCUGCUGGCAAGAUACUUCAGAUGUCAUUUUACAUUUUUUAGUCCUCAGUACCUUUAAAGAUUUGCUAGAAAAAAAAAAAAGUAAACAUUUUAUUGGUUGACUGUGGUGGAGCCACUCAGAGUUAUUUUUCUGUUCUCAAGUUAGAAACUAUUUGACAAGUUCUAGCUCUUAAAAAUUCAUUUAUUUUUGAUGCUUUCCUUGCCUCUAGAUGUGGAUGGCACAACAGAAGAGUGAGCCGAGUCACGGAUUAUUGUAUGCUCACUAUCUUAGCAAAACAUAAUAGCAUUCCUGGGCUGGACCAAGCUCCAGAAGUGCCUGACUGGCGUCUCCCCCAGAGAUGUCAUGCAGUUCCAUUAGUGCCUAGAGGCUUCUUAAAGGAAGUUUAAGUCUGUGUCUUACCCACUUUGAGUCAUUUGUUGUAACAUGAAGUAAAUAAACAUCAAUGUUUGUUAUAACAUCAAACGGUUUGUUAUAACACAUCAGUAAAUAAACAAAAAUGGCAUGACCGUGCUAUUUUUUAGGCAUAUGAGAGCAGUAUUCAAAUCCUAAUAGAAAAUAAGUAGUAGCAUAAAACACAGCUUCUUGAAUAGCCCUGAAGCAGCUUGACUAUUCUAUUUGCAGUAACAGAUGUUCGGUCAAGCUGAAACUAUUGCAAUGCAUGCAGCAUACCAAAAGAGUAAAUGUUUGCAGAAUGCUUACUUUUCAAAGCAGGAGAUGUGUGAGUAUUUAUAGUAUAACUCAUUCCAGUCAGUGCCCUGUAAAUUGUCAUCUAAUGAAACAAGACUGUGGUACUUUACAGUCCACACUAAUGUUUCACAUCAUAUAUGAAUUCUUGACACUUUUUAUGUUUCAGUAAAAUAGAAACAUUUUUCUAUUUUAAAUGUGGCAGAAUUCUGAUUUUGUUUCAGUAGCGUUGAUUUUGGAAGGCUUUAAAUGGUUCUUUCUAAGAGAAAAUGAAGAUAUCUGAGUCUGGUCUAUGUAUAAGUUCAUGCAUUUAAUAAGAAAGGUCAACUUUAUGUGGAUUUGAUGAAGCUAAUACAAAAAACUUUUAGGACAUUUAAAUCUACUAGAGUUUGAUUUACUUUGAUAAUUUUGGCUGACCUAAGCAAAGGUAUAUGUUAAAUAUAUCAUUUUUGAGUCAGAGGUGAUACAUUAAAUGGUUUUUGUAGAGCUGCCUGCAAGAACUGAGUGCUUAGUGAUAUUCAGCAGUUUAAGUUUUAAAUUAAAUUUUUUUCUUUAAAAAUUAUUAAAACUAUAUUGCAAUACUCUUUACAAUCUUAUAAAUGUCUUUCUUUUGCUUUUUAUCUGAUAAAACUUAUUUGUUUUCGUGGUAUGAAGAUCCCCUGGAUCUGGAUCUUUAUACAGCCUAUUUUAAAUAGUAAAGGUCUUUUUAUUGUUGAAAAUGUGGUAAUUACUUUUAAGCAAAGAGCUUUAAAAGGAUGAUUGUAGCACAGUCAUCCCCAUUAUGUCCUUAAUAUCCCCUAUGUUAUGUUAAAAUACUAUAUUGGUACUAGAUUCCUUUUCAGAAUGCAGAAGGUAUCUGACAGUGGGGGUUUUUUUGUAGUUUUCUGAUGAUUUUCAAAACAUGUAUUAUUUAAUGAGAUGAUCAUGCUGAAGAGCAAAAGACUAUUUUCGGGGGGGGGAAAAAAAGUGCUGCAGCUGGAAAAGUCAUAGAGAGCUCACUCAAUAUUAAGUUUUUCAUCAAGGGGAACAGACUGCCCAGAGAAGGUGUGGAUACUCCAUCCUUGAAAGUUUUCAAAGCCAGGCUAGACGGAGCCCCGAGCAACCUGGUCUAGUGGAGAGUGUCUCUACGAGAUGAUUUUUAAGGUCCCUUCCAACUCAAAGCAUUCUAGCAUUAGAGUCAAAGCAAGGCACUAAGGGACUCACCUGCACUUCUCUCCAGGUAGCUCACUUUUGAAGGCAGUGCUCUGAUGUGGAUAUUCUCGUAUCCACUGAUACACACAGAACAGAAGAAGCUCAGAGCAUGCACAAAACCAUUAAUAAAAGCUCAAGAACGAAAAGUGUACUUGCCUUGUGCCAAGUUAAUGGGUAGGAAUUCAGAGGAGAGUGUGCAAACUGGAUUUCAAAACUGCAAUUUUCAGUUUCACAGGUUGACUUACCCAGGACCAUCAUCACAAAGAGAAGUCAAGCGAAGCUUUCAAAACCUUGGUGAGCCUUUAAAAAACCUUACGUGUGCCGAGCCGGGGUGUAUGAAUUGUCUGAAGCUAAAUUGUUGCUCUUAUAGGUUGUCACGUACUCAGAUGCAGUUUGGCAGGACGUAAACCUCAUAAGCAAAAAAUACACCUGGCUAGGUCACUAGAAACAACCUUAUGAGCUACAGAGCUCUGGUUGUAAUCUUUGUCUAGAAAAUGUGUAUUUUGUGGGGAAAUUCUGUUGGAUAUGUGUAUUACUGUUGAUGUGGUUGCUUGUUUAGAUGGUCUUCAUGUUUCUUUACCAGUUUCUUGCUCAUGCUUCUUGAAUAUCAAUUUUGUGACUAUUAAAGAAAUUUUCAGCUAACACUGAAGUGUUAUGAGUGCAUUUCACAGCAACUAUACCUAAAGUAAGCCUGUGGAUUCAAAGUCUGUAAUUUUUCUGUCUUUUAAAAUGUAUUUUUACUUGAAGUUCAUUGGGGAAAUUGUUUUUUUAUUACCUGGGGUUUUCUUUUUUGGUGAGCCAUUAGCAAAACGUUGUUCGAUUUGAGAGUCUGCAUUUCAUUCCUAUAAUAUGUGAAACUGACAAAAAAAAACCUGACUGUGCUACGUGAUUCUUUAAAAAGCUGUUAUUAGAACAUAUGUAUAAAAAAAGGACUAAAACUG